UUAGGACUGCAAAUUAUCUCAGCAUCCGCCAUGGAAAACCUUCUUAUCUACCGUAUACACACCCGACCAAAUAUAUCGGGGCUGUAUUCUCAGUUUUUUGUAGAUGUUCAAGGAGAUGACGGUAAUGUUUAUCGUGGAUACGUUUACGGCGCUGUUGAAAAUGGUCUGUUAGUAAGAAUCGGCUCGAUACAGAAAGAACAGCUGGUUCCUUUUGAACGAAUUCGGCUAAUCGACAGGAAGAGCGCUGACCCUUUUGGUGAUUGCGGGGACGACAGCAUUUGCCCAGAAGUUGACGUGCUAAUUAGCACCUGUUCCAAGCAGCCAGAAUCGUGGCAGCCGGCUCGCAUGAAUAACUGGAAGGAAUUCGAUAACCGGUAUCAUCUCGUGAAUCUGGAUGUUUUUCUGUCGGACGGUGUCACCGCACGCUAUGCUGUCAUCCAUAGAAUGUACAGUGAGGAGAUGCAGUUACUCCGCAAACGUAAUAAUCUUGGCCCCACCGUUACCGACAAAAUGUAUCGCAACUUCACAAUCCCGGCAUCCACAUCAUCGUUUUGGGAUACCCGCGCACGCCUGGCUCACUGGAAGAUGGCCCACACGGAAACAGGAUUUCGUAGUUUCUGGCUGUUACAAACGGGAACAAUGAUUGUGGAUUUCCAUGAUAAUGAAGUGGAAGUUUUUGCUUUGACGUGCCAGGUUCCAGUUUUUACGGAACUGGUAGAACAGGGCACUAUUUUCACGGAUGCGAUGACAUUUCUAGAAUCUUGCGAUGAGAAACUGAAUAACCAACUGUCUGAAUUAAUGCAGGACUUGGUUGUUGCUGUUAUGGAGCAAUCAGACAGAAAGCAGGAUGACUUGCGCAUUUAUGACUUGCCUUUGGAUGUACACCUGACCGUAUGCUCACAUUUGGAUGUCUAUAACCAAGGGUCACUUAAGAGGGUGUCCAGUUUUUUCCAUAAAAUUCUAACUUCUCCUGUGAUCCAGUCCAGUGUGAUCCUACCUCGGAAUUCUAAUUGCGUCGCUGCUAUGCUGGAAUCACUGCAGUUGACGACAGUUAUUAUAUCGCUCGCCCAACUGGUAGCUCGAUCAGUCACUAAGAUCAUCAAAGUGGUUUAUUUAACCGGAAACUGGCGGAAUUGUCUGCUGUUCCUUACUGAUUUGCUGGCCAUGGUUGAGAUAAAACCUGACUGGCUGAUUAUUGCCAAUAACCGAAAGCUACAGUUCAACGAUUUUUUUCAAUUUCCCAAAGGAGGAUUCAGUCACAUAAUUGUCACACCGGACGAUGCUCCGACACUUGCCGGGCGGAACAUAUUACCUGCUCCGGUUUAUGGCAAUAUGUGUCACAAUCUUUUACUGAAGAACUGCUCCUUCAACAGCCAUAAAUCUAUUUGCUUUGGAACAGGUAUACAGAAUCAUUUUGUUAGCUGGCCGUUAGAAUUGCGGUGCUGUACGGAUCCGUUUAUCAUCCGGGUUCCUUGUUGGCAUUUCACUUUUUCCCGUUCAACGGAAAAUUUUGCUACUGCAAUCGAAGCCAUGCUUAUCGAAUUUUGCGAACCUUUGAACGAAGAAAAAAUGAAAUGCCUCUCCGGUUGGUUGGGCUCCCUAUGUGCCGAGGACGAAAAGUUUUUUUGGCCGUUUGUUAUCCUAUCAUUUGGAAUGUGGAAUGUAGACCCACCGGAAGAUGUAGAGCAUCUUCGGCAAAUGGUUUCCGGGACAAUUUCCCGACGGAGUUUACUAUUGCUUACUAUUGCGCUUAUGGUACCUGUAUGACUCCUGCAGAAUGCUAAGUUUACGUGAUUCUUGUCCUUCUAAUUUACUCCCCUGUUUCUAACCGUUGUUAUGUCUUCUGAGCAGCUUCUGUUUUUUGUUACGAGUUUCGUUUUGUUCGGUUUAAUUCCCUAACCUUUAAAUAAAGCUACAACAUCAAAAUGCUUGUUAAAAACAUGACAAUUUUAGCUCGACGUUUUGCGCUUC